AUGGAAGCAAAUAAUGGGGAUUCAGAACGUGAUCGUGGCCUUGUAGGAGUGGAGCACAGUGCGGCCGAGGUAGAUGGAGAUAGAGCGAGAUACAGUAUGAUGGUGCGGUGCGCGUCGCAGUCGUCGCUGGACGAGUCGUCGCAGCGGCGCGAGGCGCGUGAGGGCGGCGCGGGCGCGCAGCACGCGGCGCAGCUGCUAGACGCGCUGGCGCGCCUGCGCCGCGACCGCCUGCUCUGCGACGUGCGCCUGCUGGCGCAGGCGCCUGGCGUGUGCGGUGUGGGGGCGGGGGCGGGGGAGGAAGUGGGCGCGGGGGCGGGUGGCGACAGCGCGGGGGCGGGGGCGGGCGGCGCGGGGGCGGGGGCGGGCGGCGCGGAGGCGGGCGACGGUGUGUGCGCGCACCGCGCCGUACUGGCGGCGUGCUCGCCCUACUUCCGCGCCAUGUUCACGCAGUUCGACGAGCGCACGCAGGCCACCAUCACCAUACAGGACGUGGAGCCGCAGGCGCUGGAGGCCAUCGUCGAGUACGUAUACAACCCCGACUCGCUGGUGAUCAGCGAGGACAACGUGCAGAGCCUGCUGUCGGCGGCAUCGCUGCUGCAGGUGCCGGGCGUGCGCGCGCGCGCCUGCGCCUUCCUCGCCGCCGCGCUGUCGCCCGACAACGCGCUCGGCAUCCGCGCCUUCGCCGACCUGCACGCCUGCGCCGACCUCGCCGACUGCGCCGAGCGCUUCGUGGAGCGCCACUUCGCCGAGGUGCUCGACACCGAGGAGUUCCUGGCGCUGUCGGCGCCCGCGCUGGCGGCGCUGCUGGCCAGCGACCGCGUGGCCGUGCCCGACGAGGAGGCCGUGCUGGACGCCGUGCUGCGCUGGGUGCGGCACGCGCCCUCGCGCCGCCCGCAGCUGGGCGCGCUGCUGGAGCACGUGCGCCUGCCGCUGCUGGCGCAGGACGCGCUGGUGGCGCGCGCCGCCGCCGAGCCGCUGGCCAGCGCCGAGCUGCGCGUCAAGGACCUGCUGAUCGAGGCGCUGAGCUUCCACCUGCUGCGGCCCGAGCGCCGCGCCGCAGCUGCCGCCGCGUGCGCGCGCGCGCGGCCGCGCCAGCCGCCGCGCUCGCCCAAGCUGCUGCUGGUCGUGGGCGGGCAGGCGCCCAAGGCGGUGCGCGACGUGGAGGCGUUCCAUAUGGAAACGGGGCGCUGGCGCGCGGCGGCCGAACUGCCCACGCGGCGCUGCCGCGCGGGGCUGGCGGCGGUGGGCGGGCGGCUGUACGCGGUGGGCGGCUUCAACGGCACGCUGCGGGUGCGCAGCGUGGACGUGUACGACGCGGGCGCGGACGCGUGGGCGCCGGGCCCGCCGCUGUGCGCGCGCCGCUCCACGCUCGGCGUCGCCGUCAUCGGGCACGUCAUCUACGCCGUGGGCGGGUUUGACGGCGCGACCGGGCUGAGCUCGGCGGAGGCGCUGGACGUGCGCGAGGGCGUGUGGCGCCCCGUGGCCGCCAUGAGCACGCGGCGCUCCAGCGUGGGCGUGGGCGUGCUGGAUGGGCGCCUGUACGCCGUGGGUGGCUACGACGGCGCCUCGCGCCAGUGCCUGGCCAGCGUGGAGCGCUACGACCCGGCGGCGGACGCGUGGACGCCGGCGCCCGACAUGGCGGCGCGGCGCUCGGGCGCCGGCGUGGGCGUGGCGGGCGGCGCGCUGUACGCCGUGGGCGGGCACGACGGGCCGGCCGUGCGCCGCAGCGUGGAGCGCCUGCGCGGCGAGGGCUGGGCGCCGGCGCCGCCCAUGGCCAGCGCGCGCCGCAACGCUGGCGUGGCGGCGCACCACGGCCGCCUCUACGUGGUGGGCGGCGACGACGGCGCCGCCAACCUCGCCACCGUCGAGGUACGAAUACAAUUUACGGUACAUAAAUAUGUCUAU